AUGACCCAGCAGGUUCACUUUACAACUUGGAUGCAUAUUACAUUUAUGUGGAGUUCUACUUUUGCCAUGAAACCAGCUCAGCUACCUGUGUUCCGAAGGAAGCCUUUUAUUGCAGCCUGGAAUGCACCAACAGAUCAUUGCUCAACCAGAUAUAAUGUAACAAUUAACCUGAACAUGUUCCAUGUGACUGGAAGCCCAUUCGCCAAAGCAAGAGGACAGAAUGUGACUAUAUUUUAUGUCAAUAGACUAGGAUAUUACCCAUGGUACACUUCACGGGAAAUCCCAGUUAAUGGUGGCCUACCUCAGAAUUUCAGCUUGCAAAAGCAUCUGGAUAAAGCUCGCCAGGACAUUAACUACUACAUUCCUGAUAAAAAUUUCACUGGAUUAGCAGUCAUAGACUGGGAACACUGGAGACCACAAUGGGACCGCAACUGGAAUACAAAAGAUAUUUACAGGAGACAGUCAAGAAAACUAAUUUCUGAAAUGCAUGAGAAUGUUUCAGCAAAUGCUGUUGAGCGUUUAGCUAAACUUUCAUUUGAGCAAUGUGCUAAAGCAUUCAUGAAAGAGACAAUUGAGCUGGGAAUUAAAAGUAGACCCAAGGGCCUGUGGGGAUACUACUUAUAUCCUGACUGCCACAAUUAUAAUUUUCAUGACCAGAACUAUACUGGCUCUUGUCCAGAAAAUGAAGUUUUGAGGAACAAUGAACUGUGGUGGCUGUGGAACAGCAGUGCAGCCCUGUAUCCUUCCAUUGGCAUUAAGAAAUGCCUUGGAAACAGUGAAAAUAUAUUACGCUUUGCACAGUUUAGAGUGAAUGAAUCUAUGAGGAUUUCCUCAAUGACAUCACAUGAUUAUGCUCUUCCAGUAUUUGUAUAUACCCGACUAGACUAUAGAGACGAGCCCUUGUUAUUUCUUUCUAAGCAAGAUCUUCUUAGCACUGUUGGAGAAAGUGCUGCCUUGGGAGCUGCAGGAAUUGUUAUUUGGGGAGACAUGAAUUUAACGUCAUCUGAGGUCAACUGUACAAAGGUGAAACAAUUCAUUGCUUCCAAGUUAGGUUUCUACAUUGUCAAUGUAACCAAAGCAGCAGAGGUAUGCAGCUGGCAUCUUUGUCACAACAACGGGAGGUGCGUACGAAGAAAUUGGAAAGCUUUGGACUACCUUCAUUUAAAUCCCCAUAACUUUCAAAUAGAUGCCUCAGAAGACCUGGGAUUUACUGUGAGUGGAGAAGCAUCACUUACUGACGUUCAAAUGAUGGCAGAGAAAUUCACCUGCCAUUGUUAUCAAGGCUUUGAAGGCCUUGAUUGUUUGGAAAUUACAACUACAGUGAAAGGGUUGACCCUCGGACAUUCCACCACUGUCUGGACGUCGCAUGCUCUUUCGGCUUUGCUGCGAAAAGGUACCACACAGGUGUUUUCAGCACAGAGACAGCAACAGCUGGAAGCAGAGCUGCUAGAGGAUCCAAAUGUGCGGUUUGAACGCUGUGGACCGUUAAACCCAGCCACCCUCUUGCCCGAGUUACCCCCGCCUUUUCCGGAACACGACUGUGUAGAAGUCUUGCAAUCUACUUUACAGAUCAGACCAGAUCUUUCUGAUGAACCAUUGCCAGAAUCAGAUGUUAUACUGUUUACGGAUGGCAGUUCCUACUACCAAAAUGGGGUAAGAUACACAGGUUUUGCAAUAACAACACAGUGGGACGUGGUGGAGGCGGCAGCCCUCCCAGGACGAUGGGGAGCGCAAGCAGCAGAAAUUUAUGCGCUAGCCAGAGCAUGUCAAUUGUCAGCAGAGUAUAACAUGCUUACUUUCCAGGUCCAAUACGGCAGAACCCAGCCCAAGAUGACAGAAAGAAUGAAGUUUUGUGUGGGUAUUGGUGAACCAUCAUGUUAUGCAUGGCUGAAUGAUAAAUUGAGCGCUCAGAAACCCGUACAGAAACAGCCCGGGCAGGUGGACCAGUUCACCACCAACAAGGGCCACGUGGAGAUGGAGAGGGAAAACUUGGCCGACGACAUUAUGCACUUCCAAGAAAAGAAGGAAUGUCUCUCCUAA